AUGUUCAUCCAGUUCAUCCCUGAGGGGUCUCUCGGUGAGGAAUCUGCCUUCGUGAGUGACACGGAGGACGAGGAUGUGGCCACCAAACUCCCGCUCCACCACCUGCAGAGGAAACAGCGCAGGAAAACCAGAACCAGACAGAGCCAGGACGAAGGGGAACAACCUCCGAUCAUCCGCGGUCUGUGGGUGCAGGAGAUCGAUUGGCUGAAGUCAGCGGACGGAGACACGAUGUCAUCCGCUGAGAUCAUCCCGCCUCCUCCUCAGUUUACUGACUCAGCCUCGUGCCCCUGUAGCCAUGGAGACCUGCAAUCCUACAUACGCGAUAAAGGCUGCAGCUGUGCAGAUGCAUGUGACUGUGUCAGAGGACUGGAGGAUGUGUCCGUGUCAGAGGACCAAUACAGAUCAAUAGAGACAGAUGACACAUCCAGCACUGAUGACAGGGAGGACUCAGACUCUGAUUGUGGUCUGGACCAGGACUCUGAAUCUAUCUGCACUCAUGAAAGUGACUCAGACUCGUCCUACUGUGCAGAGGAUGACACACGAGUUGAGGCCAGAGUGUCAAAUUCGACCUUUGACCUGAUGCGUGUGUCUGGUUUUACGUCCUCAUCCUGUCAUGCUGAGUGGGAUUUGGACUCCACGGGGUGUGUGCAAAGCCUGCUGGGACUUUCAGAGUCCGCCUUCACCCAAAACACCGUGAAUACGUCCCAGUGCGCCUUUGGUGUUGAUGACCUGGGUGAUGUUGACACAGUUUUGGAUGAACUAAGAGGCAAAGUGAUGCGGAUGCCGAAGCCGUUUGUUUCACCAUUCUUCAAAGAUCUGAUCAAACAGACUCUAAGUGACUGGAAACACAACGUUCCUGUGAACGAGGGAGUCCUAUUUCAUCAUCAACUGCAGCCCAGUCGUUCUCAGUACAGGGAGGGAGAGGAGUACUGCACCCUUCACCACAUCCAGAACGGCUCAUACGGUGAUGUGUUCAGUGUCCGGGACAAAAGGACUGGAUUCGAAUGUGCAGCCAAGAGGAUUCCACUGAGUCAUUUCAGCAGUGAGGAGGUGAGCACGUGGAGCGCUCUGGACUCUCCUCGGGUUGUGGAGCUGUUUGGGGCUGUGAGGGAGGGGUUGAACGUCGUGCUCUUCAUGGACUUGAAGCCAGCUUGUUUGGCCCAACUCCUGAAAGAGAUGAACUCCCUACCUGAGGAUCUGGCCCUGCACUACCUUCACCAGUCACUGGGGGCGCUAGAACACCUGCACCACAGAAAGGUCCUUCACCUGGACGUCAAAGUUGACAAUGUGCUGCUGUCUGCAGACUGCAGAGACACAUUCCUCUGUGACUUUGGUCUCUCAGAGACAUUAGAUGACAGCGGAUGGAGCACCAAGGCUUUCAGGGCUGCCUUCCCGGGCACAGAGACCCACAUGGCCCCGGAGGUGGCUCGAGGGGAUCAGCUCUGCACCAAGGCAGAUGUGUGGAGCAGCUGUUGUAUGCUACUGCACAUGCUCAACGGCUGCCACCCAUGGAUACGGUACUAUUCCCAUCCGCUGUGUCUGCAGAUUGUCAACGAGCCUCCGCCUCUGUGGGAGGUGCCGUCCACCUGUAACAACUUCACGGCCAAGGUGUUCAGGGCCGGACUCCGGAAGGACCCCGACAGACGAGUAUCUGCAAAGGAGCUCAGGAGGAAAACCACCAAGGCCCUCAGAGCAGUUGGAGGUCUGAGUCCCUGGUCUGUCAAAACCGCCUGCGAGAUUCUGCAUCAUGGCAAGAACCAGACUGAAGACACCCCCUGCUCUUUGUCCCUGGGGAGCACCCCAAACAAACAAUCAGCUGCUGCCUCAGCACCCACCAUGUACUGGGUGAGCCCCUGGAGAACGACAGCGGUGGACUGCGAAGACGUAGACUCAGAUCAAGACUCUGAAGUGCAGACAGAUUCUUUAACUGGGGAUUGGGACUCGCAGCCAAAAUCACUGCGGGAUGAAAAAGAUUGGGAAACUGGCUCCGAUUCAGAAGUCGACAUAUACAUGGGAGAGGAGGAAUUCACUCAGGAGAAAUGGCCAAAAAGUGACAAGGACUAUGAGGGGGAUUGGGAGGAAGAGGGACAAGAAGAAGAAGAGGAGGAGAAGGAGGAAGAGUGGGAGUCUUCUGUGUCCACAGAGUACCUCCGCGCUCUCAGAGGCCUUUUCCCUUUGCUGCAGAAAGGCCAGCAGACAAACGACAGUUCAUGGGGAUCAGAACCAGAGCUGGAAUACCUCAGAGACGAUGUAGCUAUUGGCACCAUGAUCCAGACCCCCUCCCCUGAACCUCGAGAUGACCCCCCCUCCUGCUUCAGCUGCUCAGAUACAUCGCAGAUAGAUGCCUCAGAGAAGGACUCUGACCAUUCAUCUGAUGACCUGAGCUCCGGAGUCUUUUCCUCCUGCAACAGCCAGACGGACAGACAUUUGGAGUGGUUGGCCUCAGCCAAUCAGCCCUCCUCAUACUGCUUCGAAGGUGUUGACAUCUGGAUAGAGAAUGUCCAGGGCGAGUGUCUAAGGAUCCGUGAACGUCGACAGGUCAAAGUUGGUCAUGUUGCCAUAGGAAUCAGUGAUCAGAUCUCGGGGAAGGCCUUUACUUUGGAAACCCUGGACAGGAAGCUGGUGUCUUUUGACCAGGAAAUCAAAGAGUCUGGUGUAUGGCUCCGCUGUGUUCCCGCUCCUGACAAAUGUCAGCGCUGGAGGUGGAGGGUCAGAGACGGCAAGCUGGAACUCCAGGAAUGAAACAAACAUUUUUGUUAUUUAAUUUUUUUGUACGUAUUGUUUGCACUAACUUAGGUUGUGUUUGUUCUCAAAUCAUGUGGACUGUAUUUGUAGAUGUACAUGUUGGAAUCUACUGGUUAAAAGCUGGAAAACUGCUGCUUUUGUGAUAAAUGUGAGAUUAGCGACUUUUAUCCUUGAAUAAUGUAGAGCAUUAUUUUAGAGAUGGAUUCCUCAGAAUUAGGUCAAGUGUGUGCACAAGUACAAGGACUCCGAUUUCGAGCAGAUCUAAAUAUACUUACAGCUCUUAGAGCAUAGGUAAACAUAAGGGUACCACUUUCUAUUAAGGCAUCAUUUGUAAAUGGUUUAUAAGCUUUAAGGCUUUAUUAAUGGUUAAUAAAUGAUUUAUUAAUGUUUUAUUAAGAAGAACAACUUUUGGGUUGCCAGGUUGUGAAAAAAUACUUAUAUUCUGGAGAAGCGCUGCAGGAUGUCUGGACCAAAAUCCAUUUAUAGCCUCACUAUUAACAUUUACAACCACAGUCUUGAUGGAUUAUUGUGAAAACCAUUCAUUUUUAUUUAUUACUAUUUAUAGUUGCAGGUAAGUGACAAACUUAUGCAGCACUUUUCUAGGGGGUCAGUGGUCAAACAGUGCACUGGAGAGGUCUCGCUAAUGGAUCUAGGAGCUAAAAAAGACAAGAAAAGUCAUGGUGUACAGGAGGAGGAUUUGUUGU